GGCUCCGGCUGUAUAAUCGAUGUGAGUAUGGUGGAGAGUGUUGCGUAUCUGUCGACAUUCAUCACUGCCUAUCAAGACAUCGACAAGAUGUGCAAUGAUCCGUAUGCAUGGUUCUCGGGCAAAUCACCAAUUUAUCGCACCUAUCAAACACUUGACGACAAAUAUGUGGCCGUUGGGGCGAUUGAAAAGAAGUUCGCAGAAACACUUUUCAAAACACUUCAGUUGAAAUCAAAAUUGAGUGAUUUGGAAGAAAGGCCUGAAGUUGUCAGCAAUGAGAUGGAAACCACCUUCCGAACAAGGACGAGAAGGGAAUGGACAAAUUUAUUCAAUGGAGUGGACGCUUGCGUGACACCAGUUUUGGAUAUCAACGAAGUUGCUCUUCUGAAGCAUCAUCAAAUGAGAUCAGCGUUCACCUAUGACAACAGCAAAUUCUGGCCUUGUCCUGCACCGAGAUUCUACACCGCAGACGAUUUCGCUCGCUUACGUGAUGGGAAAGUGAAAAAAUGA